AUGUCUUCUGAAUCUGAAAUCAAGGAUCUGGCAAAGAAGUACGGCAUCAAGAACACCAAAUUGAUCAAGACUGGUGCUUUCGUGGAUGGGCAGUGGCUCCACUUCUCGGACGAAACUUUCGCUGUUGAUGAUCCAGCAACAGGCAACAAUCUACUGCAGGUCAGCAACACGCCAAUCGCAGUCGUUGAGAGUGCAAUAAAGAGUGCAGAUGUAGCAUUCAAGAAGUUUAAGAAGGAAACCACCGGAAGACAGAGAAGUCUUUUGUUAAGGAAAUUAUACAACUUGAUGGUUGAAAACAGUGAAGAUCUAUCAAAGAUUUGCACGAUCGAAAAUGGAAAACCUCUUGCAGAUGCUCGUGGUGAGAUUAAAUAUGCUUCUUCUUUCUUCGAGUGGUUCUCCGAAGAAGCUCCUAGAAUUGAUGGUGAUAAUAUUUCUUCUGCUGAUCCAAGCAAAAGAAUUCUAACCUACAAGCAAGCAAUUGGCGCCGUUGGUAUUCUCACACCUUGGAAUUUCCCUAGUGCUAUGAUUACAAGAAAGCUUGGCGCUGCAUUUGCAGCAGGUUGCAGUGCUGUUAUCAAACCUGCUACUGAAACUCCUCUGUCUGCUUUGGCAGUUGCCGCAUUAAUCGAGGAAGCAGGAUUUCCUAAGGGAGUUGUGAACAUCGUGCCUGUUGAUCAGGAAAGAACUAAGGAAGUGGGAAAAUUGUUUUGUGAGUCACCUUUGCUGAAGAAAAUUUCAUUCACUGGAUCGACCGGGGUGGGUAAACUUUUGAUGAGCCAGUCCUCUUCAACUUUAAAGAAACUCUCCUUUGAGUUAGGCGGUAAUGCUCCUUUCAUUGUUUUUGAUGAUGCCGAUGUCGAUGUCGCUGUUCAAGGAGCAAUUGCUUGUAAGCUUAGACAGUCGGGCCAGACAUGUGUCUGCGCUAACCGUCUUUACAUUCAGGAAGGAAUUUAUGCAGAGUUCAGAGACAAACUUGCCGAUGCUGUCUCUAAGUUGAAGCUUGGCCACGGACUCUCCGAGGGUACUACACAUGGACCACUGAUCCAUGAAAGAGCCGUUGCAAAGGUGGCCUCGCACAUUGAGGAUGCUGUUGCAAAAGGUGCAAAGGUUGUCGCUGGAGGUAGAGUUGAACAAGCUUUGGGAGAAAAUUUCCAUCAAAUUACAAUCUUGUCAGAUGUUCCAAAGGAGGCGCUCGUCAAUGUUGAAGAAACCUUCGGACCUCUUGUUCCCCUGAUUAAAUUCAAGACCGAAGAUGAGGUCGUCGAACUCGCCAAUAGCACAGAGUUCGGUCUAGCUGGUUACUUUUUUUCUAGAGACUAUGCUAAGGUUUUCAGAGUUGGCGAGGCUUUAAAUGUGGGAAUGGUUGGAGCUAAUACAGGUGCAAUUACCGAAGCGGCACUGCCAUUUGGAGGCAUUGGCUGGUCUGGUUUUGGAAGAGAGGGUUCAAAAUACGGCGUUGAUGAUUAUGUCGUUUUGAAGUCUGUCGUUAUCGGCAACUUAUAG